AUGGAACCUGCCGGCUGCUCUCUUGAAGAGGCAAUAUUGGAAGAGCAACAACGAGCAUCGAGAAAGCUCCCGCCUUUGUGUUGUGGUGUAGGUGUUCGACAUGGAGCAAUGAAAGCCCUUAAGACCAUGCACGCCAAGGGAUUGGUACAUGGCGACAUGCAGCUAAAUAACAUCAUGUUCGAUAUCGGUACCGGCCAGGUCAAGUCGAUUGACUUUGGCCUCACUAAGCUAGGGGGACGAGCCGAGCAGAAGAGAGAGCUAGAGUAUCUGAACGACUUGUUGCUGGAAGCUGAGGAACACGCCGCCAAAUAG